GCUAUCUGUCUGCUAACGUUACUUUCUUUACCGGUUAUACUAACGUUGCAUCUCUGAUCAAGCGUUUUAAAAAGCUGACAAGAUAUUUUAAACCAAGAAUCAUUCGCUUCGGACAUAUUGAGGACAAUCAUCUACGGUGACAAACGCAACAGCCGUGACAUGGGGAACGUUUAGAGAUGGAGAAGCAGAUAAGUUCUGGUGAGGAGGACGGUUCUGGGGAGAGGGGUUUGCUCCACACGUGGAGGGGAUAUUCCUACAGCACCACACCAGAGAGGGUGCUGCUCUCCCGGCCCGUGCUCCAGGCUGCCCUGGGAGCUAGACAUGGUGUUCUGCUAGUAGAGGGGGGACAAGUCUACAGUUUUGGUGAGUUGCCUUGGAAACAGAACCAAACAUCAUCAGUAGUGACUGAGCCCGUUUUGGAGGCAGUGCUUAGCGAACAACAUGUUGUUUUUGUGGCUGCUGGCUCCGCCCACAGUGGAGUAGUAACGGAGGAUGGAGGCGUGCACAUGUGGGGAGAAAACGCUCAUGGCCAGUGUGGCCUUUUGGGACUCUCUGUUAUCCCUAACCCCACCCCUGUGGGCGUGCUCGACUCUGAGUCCACACCCCCUCAGACGGUGAAGAUCCUGGAGGUGGCAUGUGGGGACCAGCACACUCUCGCUCUUUCAGCCAAGCAUGAAGUCUGGGCUUGGGGAAGCGGGUGCCAGCUGGGCCUGAACACUUCCACGUUUCCUGUCUGGAAGCCCCAGAAGGUAGAGCCCCUGGCGGGAAGGCACGUGUUGCAGGUGGCCUGUGGAGCCGCUCACAGCCUGGCUGUGGUGCGAAGUUCUGAGGCUCUGGUGCCUCGAAAACCCCCUCAAGACAAGUGCGGUCAGUGCCAUCAGCUGCUGUACACUAUGACUGACAAAGAGGACCACGUGAUCAUCUCUGAUGGCCAUCACUGUCCACUAGGUGUUGAGCUUGACAGCAGCGAGACCAAGUCUGCAUUAGAGGGCAGCCCAGAACAGGUUAAACAAGGCAAGAGCUCUCCUACAGAACCUGUUCCAUCCAUAUCCACCCAGAUUCCAAGAUCACCCACCUCCAGCACAACCCCUGAAUCUACCCUUCUUCCUGACAGCACACCUGCCUCUGAACCCCAAAUUCAGGUUUCUGCGUCUAGCCAAGAACCUGUAGAACCAACCAUAGAAGUCUCGAAUGAACAUGAAGCUCCGGUCGCAAAUGAAGAGGUUUGUGUGGAAGCCUCCGAGUCCUGCACCCUUGAGCCGGACAGCUGUCGUGCCACAGGGGGGAAGUACUCCCCAUUCCCCGAUGAGCAGGCUGUGAAGGCCUAUCUUAAAAGACUUUCUGAUCAUGCCCUGGCAGAGCACGUCGCCAAGACCCCCAGCACACUUCAUUCUGCUCAGCUCUCCAGUGACCCUGCUGAUCCUUUCACCUCUGACCCCUUAAUCCCGGUCGCCCAGUCUGUGACUCCAAUGGGCUCUGCGUUGAACAACUUGGUGGUGUCCUGUGCCUCUGCAGUGGGGGAACGUGUAGUGUCCACAUAUGAAGCUCUCUCUCUGAGAAAAGUCAUUGGUUACUGGGCUCCAGGAGAGGGCCGUGAGCGAGUGGAGGAGAGACUCCGUCUGGAGGAGCCCAUGCAGGGGAAGAAAAGCUCCAGCCUGGGGGACAUCCGAGAGGAGGAGGCGGAGCUUAGCCGUCGCCUGUCCCUGCCUGGCCUGCUCUCUCAGGGUACACACGCUCUCCUUCUCUUACACCCAGUGUACCGUCUCCAAAAUGCAGCAUUUGAGGUGACGGUGUGGGCAUCCUACACAACAUCUGAAGUGUCUCCUCGUCUUUUGCGGCGAACGAGCCGCCCCCGUGCACGGGCCAUCCCGCUCACUCCAGGAGGCAUACCUGAGGCCGAUGCCCACCUGCCUUCGUUGCAGACAGAAGUGUGGAGCUGGGGCCGAGGCCAGGAGGGCCAGCUUGGACAUGGUGACCUCCUUCCCAGACUGCAGCCCGUCUGUGUAAAGAGUCUGAAUGGUAAAGAGGUGUUGAGAGUGGCCGCAGGUGCUCAUCACUCUCUCGCCCUGACCGCCCAAUCACAGGUGUUCUCCUGGGGAUGCAACACUUCUGGGCAGCUGGGACACAUGGAAUCACCCACCAGCUUCCCUCACUUAGCCAAGCUGUCAGAUGGGAUUCGCGUGUGGGAUAUCGGGGCGGGGCAACAACACACUCUCUUAUUGGCUGAUGGAGACUGUAUGCAGCCAAUCCUGUACUACAGCGGGCAGCAGGUGAAAGAAGUGGCGGAGCAAACGGAGGAGGAGGAGCAGACCGGAGAGUACACACAGCAACCAGUGCUGCUGCCCUUUUGUAUGAAUUUGGGCUAUGUAAGCAGUGUGAGUGCAGGUGGAUGGACAUGUGCGGCGCUGACGGAUCGUAAUGUAAUGGGUUUUAUUGCUAGUCUGCAUGAGCUGGCGGCUGCAGAGAGGAAAUAUUACUGCAAACUCUGCAAUAUCAAGAGUCUUCUGCUCCAGCCAUUGCUCAAACUGGAUUCGCUAAGCUCCGGCCUCGGUCAGUCCACUGCAGGGCUCCUGCAAAAUCUGAUUGGACGACUGAGUCGCCUGUCUCAGCUCACGGGUCAAAACUCGGCCUCUCUAACCUCUUUCCUGCGGCGUUCGCGUGACAUCCGAGGUCUUGUUAUUCUUGACGACGCACAUCUGUUCCUGGACACAUAUUCAGAGUACUGUUCUGCUGUGGGUGAUCUCUUAGUCAUGGGAGGGUUUCUAGCCCUUGUCAAACCUUGCCAUGAUGUGUUUGGCAAAGGGGCAGAGGUUGUUCAGAGGUUGUCUGAAUGUUCUGAAGAGGGUUUGCCGUUAGCGGAUGUUCUGCCACAUCUCUUUUACCUGCCCAUAAAGCACCUGCACGAAUAUGGACGACUGCUGCUAAAACUGGCUACCUGCUAUGAGGUGAGUUCUGUGGAUUAUCAGAAGCUGCAGGAUGCCUGCUCAAAGUAUGAAUCCAUGGCUCUUCAUCUGAAGAGGAGGAGGAAGGAAGCCGAGUGCACGCUCCACUUCUGGAAGAGCUUUCCCGGGAAGAUGACCGACUCUCUCCGUAAACCAUCCCGUCGGCUGAUCUGUGAGAGCAGUAAUAAGGCUUUGACUCUUCAGAACGCGGGACGUUUUUCCGUCAACUGGUUCAUGCUGUUCAACGAUGCGCUUGUUCACGCACAGGGCAUGGUCCCCUAUAAGAGUCUUUUUUCCACUCAUCACAUCUUCCCAUUGGCUACUCUGUGGGUGGAGCCGAUUUCUGAGGAGAACACGGGCCUAUAUGGUUUAAAAGUGACUUCACCAGAAGAGACAUUCACUCUGCUGGCCUCGUCUCCAGCUGAAAAGGCGAAGUGGUUUCGUUCUAUAAACCAGGCGGUGGAGCAGGCGCUUAGCGGACUGGGGCAUGAUGGGAUACCGCCUACUACAGGGGUGACCCAGAGAGCAGACCCGCCCAUUUCACGGACGGCAUCGUACACGUUCUACAAAGACAGUCGGCUCAAGGAGGCCACGUAUGAGGGCCGCUGGGUCUCAGGGAAACCCCACGGGCGGGGCAUGGUCAAAUGGCUCGAUGGACGAAUGUACACAGGGGCAUUUAAGAAUGGCCUUGAAGAUGGAUUUGGAGAUUAUGUUGUGCCGAACAAAAACCUGAACAGCUGUGAUCAUUACCAAGGGCAAUGGAAGGAUGGCAAGAUGCACGGCUUUGGAACAUUCAGGUAUGCAUCUGGUGAAGUGUACGAGGGCUCGUUUCAAGAUAACAUGCGUCAUGGUCAUGGGAUGUUGCGUAGUGGGAAGCUGAAUUCCACCUCUCCCAGUGUCUUCAUCGGCCAGUGGCAGUACGACAAAAAAUCUGGCUAUGGAGUUUUUGAUGACAUCACCAGAGGGGAGAAGUACAUGGGCAUGUGGCUGGAUGAUCAGCGUCAGGGGAACGGAGUUGUUGUUACACAAUUCGGCCUCUACUAUGAAGGUGCUUUUAGCAACAACAAAAUGAUGGGGACUGGGGUGCUACUGUCUGAAGAUGACACCACAUUUGAAGGGGAAUUUUCAGAAGACUGGACUCUAAAUGGAAAGGGCAUGUUGACCAUGCCGAAUGGAGACUAUAUCGAAGGCUCUUUUAGUGGGGUUUGGGGAACCGGACUAAAGAUGUCAGGUUCUUACUACAAACCCAGCCUCUACGACUCAGGCAAGGAGAAGGCUCAUGCACUUAAACUGGGCAGGUUAGCAGUUCACUCCGAAGAGAAGUGGAAGGCCGUGUUCGUGGAGUGCUGGAACAGGCUAGGUUGUGAUCCUCCUGGACAAGGGCAAACCACUACAGCGUGGGACAACAUUGCUGUAGCGCUCACUGCUAACCUGAGACAGCAAAGAGACAGUCCAGAGUUGCUGAGUCGCUCUCAUCACAAAACGCUGGAGAGUCUUGAGUUUAUCCCUCAUCAUGUGGGUCCUGUGACUUUAGAGGUGUAUCAUACAAUCCGCCGGUACCUCGUCAAGGCAUGUGAUACCCCCUUGCAUCCUCUGGGUCGACUGGUGGAGACAUUGGUUUCGGUGUACCGUAUGACAUACGUUGGUGUUGGGGCCAAUCGCAGAUUACUGCCCCAGGCCGUCAAUGAGAUCAAGUCCUAUCUCAGCUGCAUCUUCCAGCUCGUCAGAUUCCUCUUCCCUGAUUUGCCUGAGGAAGGAGGUUCAUUGGCUGACCCUCCAAAAGAGACGGGGGGCUCAGACCCUGCUGGGAAGCAGCUUGAGUCUCCUAAACCUGGGUGUGUGGUCAGCAGCUCUGCUCUCCUCCUACCGGUGCUGUUGCCACGUCUCUAUCCUCCUCUCUUCACUCUCUACGCUUUAGAGAAAGAGAAGGAGGAUGAUGUGUACUGGGAGUGUGUGCUCCGACUCAACAAACAACCAGACCUGGCGCUGCUCGCCUUCCUCGGGGUGCAACAGAAGUUCUGGCCUGUGACUGUUACAGUACAUGGAGAAAAACAACAGGUUCUCUCAAGCACAAAAGACGCCUGUUUUGCCUCAGCGGUUGAGACUUUACAGCAAAUAAGCACAACUUUCACCCCCUCAGAUAAGCUUCAGGUCAUCCAGCUGACCUUUGAGGAGAUAACCCAGCAAGUACUUACACUCCUGAAACAGGAUUUCUUGUGGUCUAUGGAUGACCUGUUUCCUGUCUUCCUCUUCGUUGUUCUGCGUGCACGGAUAAGGAAUCUGGGGUCAGAGGUCAGUCUCAUUGAGGACCUAAUGGAUCCAUGUGUACAACAUGGAGAGCAUGGCAUCAUGUUCACCACACUCAAGGCAUGCUACUAUCAAAUCCAGCACGAGAAGGUCACGUAAUGAACGGAAUGAUCUCUCCAAACCCAUCUGGUAAGGCAGUGCAAUGACUGACAAACGGACCAGCCAAUAGUGUUCAAGAAACAGACUUGAUGUGUGAGGAGCCAAUCACGUUCCGAGCCUGGAUCACAUGGCCGGUGAAGGGUGAUUCCAUUAGAAUCUGACAUUCUCACAUUCAAACAGUCCCGUUUAUGUGCAAGUCAGACUUUGGUUUGGCAUUUAUUAACAUUUAUUUGUUACAUUUUUGUGUCUUCCUCGCUCAAAAAGCCAUCAUUGUGGCGUUUUAACUGCUGCCAUUCCAUCAUGCUACAGAUAUACAUGUACUCAUUGUUCUUUUAUUAAAGAGCCUGUACUUCAUUGGCUCAGAAUGUAUGACGUUUAACAGCAUGUCACCUCUCCCUUCAAGCACACACUGGUCGAUCCAGUGUCAGUUGUCGAUUAAUGAUGUGUGAAGUUCAUUAGUGUACUGUAAGCCAUCUGAAAUAAUGGUUGCAAUCUACCUCCAUCUUUGAAGUAAACUACUACAUUUUUCUGAUCGUAUUACAUCAUUCAUGGCAAACAGCACACUGCCAUGGACCUAAAUCAUGAAUCUGUUCACAUAAAUGAAAAAUUAUGUGCUGCUUGUGCUUGAAUGUCUAUGAAAAGAAAC